AAAGCGUACUAAAAGCGAGGGUUUAAAUCGCUAAGGGAGCAAAUAACAGACUUUCAUGCGCGGGAAGUUAAGAGCUCGCGCUGCUGCGUGACGUAGAGCAUCAUUCUUCCUAGCAGCUUUGAUAACAGCCUCGUCUCUCCAUCACUAAUGUCCGCUGCUGCUGGAGACACAGAUACCAUGAACCGAUCGUUAACGACACAUCUAAGGGCGUUUAUACUCGGUUUACAUAUUUAGCAGUUUGUGUGUGUGUGUGUGUUUAUGCUCGGAAACCUGACGCGUCAUAGCUCGCUCUGCACCAGCCGAGGCAGGCGGUGGUGCUGAGGAGUCUCUGUCGACUGAGAAGGGACUGAGCAAAGCCUGUGUGGAUGUUGGCCGGGUUCAGGAGCGCGGCAGGAUGGCGUCCACAGGCACGCAGAUCUUCGCCUUCGUGCUGGCAUUGCUAGGCAUCCUCGGUGCCACGGUGGCCACGUUACUCCCCAACUGGAAGGUGAGCGCGGAUGUUGGUUCGAACAUCAUCACAGCCAUUUCGCAGAUGCAGGGUCUGUGGAUGGACUGCACCUGGUACAGCACUGGCAUGUUCAGCUGUACGCUUAAAUACUCAGUGCUGGCGCUGCCCGCGUACCUGCAGACGGCACGCACCACCAUGGUGCUUUCAUGCGUGUUGGCAGCUCUGGGGUUGUGUUUGGCCUCUCUGGGUUUGAAGUGCACUCGGUGGGGUGGCGGACGCCGUGCUAAACGCCACGCCGCCAUGGCGGCCGGCUCAUGCUUUCUGGCCUCGGGCUUCCUCUGCCUCGUCCCUGCCUCCUGGUACACGAAUGAGGUUAUAGUCAGUUUCCUAGACGCCAAUGUGCCGGAAAGCAACAAGUUUGAGCCGGGCGGUGCCGUCUACGUAGCCUUCAUCUCGUCUGGUUUCCUUUUCGUGGGGGGAUCCAUUUUCUGUCUGUCCUGCUCGGGUAAGCGACAUGGCCCACAGGAUUUGAUACUUCUCCCUCCAGACAAACUCCUCAUGCAGCAGCAACAGCAACUUCUGCAACAACAGCAGCAACAGGAGCAGCUCCAGCACCAGUACUGUUCUCUCUCACCGCUGGAUAACAAGACUGGAUACAGCCUGCAGGACUAUGUGUAAGAGACCGACCGUUCAAGAGCAAGACAAGUGCGAUGCACUGCCACUCCACCUCUUGGCUCUUGUGAUUACAAAAUGAAAGGGCGAGAGAGACCCUUUUCCUUUCCUUUCCACCGCUUUCCUUUUUAAGAUCAGCAAGCACAAAUGGUGGAAGUAUUCCCUGAAGUGUCGUCUCGAAACGGACAGAUUGUGAAUACUGAGGGGCGAGUGGCAGAAACGCUGCAGUAGCACAUGAAACCAGUGUGAAAGACUGAGCAAGAUGAUAAUAAAUGCACAUAUCCAGCACCACAGUAAAUCUUAUUAAAGUGUUCCUCUGGGAAAGGAUUAGCAACAAGGAAAUGUUUAUGCUACUUAUAAAUCCCCAACUCCCCCCUUCCCAAAGAUCUGAACUCAGAAGCAAUCGUUUAGCUGCUAACAAUCGUUUGGUAACCUCUGUUUAAAAGUAAGAUGGCAAUAUGUCUCUAAGAGGCAAUAGUAUGGGAGAGCCCGUUUGGGAGAUUCUUUGCUUUUCUUUUUACUUGAGUAAUGGUUGUGUUAAUGAAAUCUCUUGUCUUAUUUUGGUAGCUGAUAGGAUGAUUGAUAUUCUGCCUAAGCAUGCUUUCUGGAGCCUGUGCAUAAUGCAGUGGAAUGCCUGAUGUAGACUGAAUUGUAGCCAUAUAGCCUGUGCCUAAAGAGCUGUAGUUCAUAAACCGCCGAAACUGUUUGGAGACGGUGGGAGGAGAGAGUUGCUGGGUCAGGCAUGUUUGGGAUACCCAUAUGGAGGCUGAGAGGAGACUGGCCCUUCUUACGUCAAAUGGACAAUGUAAUGUUGUUUUGUUGAACAUUUUAAUACUUUGCCCCAAACAAAAGCAAGCUGCCUUCAGCUCAGCGCAUGCUGUUUGCCAUUCCAUCACACACACACAUUCAUACACACACAGUGCUGCAUGUGUGCUUUUUACUCAUGCUGCUACUCACUGCCAUGGAAAUGGGAUUUUACCCCUAAAUAUGUGUAUUGUCUAGGGGUCGUAUCUCUCUGCACACUCGGAGACGCCUGGAGGCUGUCAUGAAUCUCUCCAGAUAACAGCGGGGGGGGGUGGGGGGGGUCCUAAAGACAAAGCCUCUGCAACACACACUCUCUCUCUUAGACGGGAGGAUCCCUGUCCUGCUGACCAACUCCAGUGUAAUCUGUAGACAAUAUGUGCAGCAGUUCUGUCUUAGAGACAAACAUCAACAAAAGCAAAGACGAGAUUGAGUUUCAGUAAUUGGCAGCUCUUUCAUGGCACCUGAUGAGUCUGCAAUAUGGUUAUGUCCACUCUCAAUUGCCAAAUGACGUCUCCUUGUCUUACAGCCACACGUCUCCAAAUGCCUCAGCAGUGGAUCUGCUGACAGAUUGUGCCCUAUAAGGGGGGGUCUUUAAAUCGCCUUAAAGCAAUAUUUCGGGUUAUUCUUAAUGUCUAUGGACAUCAUCUGUGGCAUGCUGUCAAUUACCACAUAAAGGGAAACAGUUAUACAUUUAAAGUAGUUUAUUUUUUUUAUUUCUGUCUUCCAGUGUUAUUACUGUACAAGUGUAAAAGCAUUUCUCAUUAGUUUUCACAGACUUGAAAAUACCAAUGACUGCUAGCCACCAAUGCAGUUUUAUAUAUAUAUAUAUAUAUAUAUAUAUAUAUACACACUAGUCAAACAUUUUUUGGUGAACAAACAGCAUGGCACAAAUGCUGCCCAUAGACCUCAAACUUCACGAUCAUACUCGACCUCCCUUGAUGCCAUCCCGUUCUUCCUGAGCGCUUACAGUAUGGAUGCCGCCGGAACAGUUGCAUGCCAUGUGCCAGUUUGCCAAUGCAUGUACACACAAACCCCUCCCCCCAUAAGCAUGCAAAAUAACUUGUGCCAAGAGUUGAGUAAGAGUGUGUGUGUGUGAG